AUGGGGCGAGCCAGACAACCUGCGCCGACGACCUGGAGGAAUAUCGCUGCUUUUUGGUUAUUCGGCCUCUGUAAUAAUUAUGGCUACGUAAUUAUGCUGAGCGCCGCCGACGACAUUAUCCACAAACAAGCCGAGGGGGUGCCGUUCAAUAAGAAGUGUAUGGAAGAAAUCGAAACCCGAUCUUGCCAUGGUCGUGCUUCGACAGGCGCUAUUUUGCUGGCCGAAAUUUUCCCGAUUCUGGUGAUCAAAAUCGUGAUGCCAUUUUUCUGCCACAAGAUACCUUACGGAUUCCGUCACUUUAUUGUGGUGGCACUACAAUUUUCUGCCUACCUCGUCGUGGCCUAUGCGACGAGUUUUGAAAUGGCUAUUUUUGGAGUCGCCAUGGCUGCAGUCGGCUCUGGGAUUGGAGAAAUUACUUACCUAUCGCUGUCUUCACAUUUUCCAAUCUCCACAAUCGCCGCCUGGUCUUCUGGAACGGGAGGAGCCGGAAUUGUCGGCUCCUUCGCCUACGCUGCCCUCACGGAACCUCAGCUUGGUGGCUUGACGCCUCGGAUGACGAUGUUGAUCAUGUUGACGAUCCCGGUCGCUUUUGCCGUCGCCUACUGGGUAGUGUUGCAGUUCCCGAAAACCGUUUAUUCGCCAGGCUGUUCACCUUCUUCUUGGUUGGUGCCAGAGGACAUUGGCCGACGAGAAAAGCGCAUGUCAGCGUGCUGCACCGAAAUUCGGGAAGUACUAAACGCACAGCCAUUGUUAGAAGCCGGCGAUGAGUCCCACCUAGCGUCUCAGCGGAGCCUGACCUUCGGAGAUCGCGUCAAUUUAAUCAAGCCUUUGCUCAAAUUCAUGGUGCCGCUGAUGCUCGUCUACUUUGGAGAGUAUUUGAUCAACCAGGGAUUGACCCAACUCGUCUACUUCAACUGCGCAAAUGGGUUAGGGUUGUCGAAGGGCAGUCAAUAUCGAUGGUAUCAGGUUUUGUACCAAGUCGGAGUCUUCAUCUCAAGGUCAUCAGUACGAUUUAUCGAACUGCCGCAAAAAGUGUUGUAUCUACUCCCAAUCCUACAGUUAGCAAACGCCGUACUCUUCUACAUCGAGGCGCGGUACGCCUUCGUGCCGCACAUCUGGAUAGUGUUCGCCGUCAUCUUAAUGGAGGGGUUGUACGGAGGGUCCAGCUACGUGAACACUUUUAAUCAUAUACAUAAACAUGUACCAGUGGACGUGCGGGAAUACUCACUUUCAAUCGCGUCGCUCGCCGACUCGAUCGGUAUCGUCGGGGCUGCAUUUACCGGUAUUUUGCUCCACAACAACAUCUGCGACCAGCUCGGG